AUGAUUCACUCAGUCCUCAUCUUUAAUAAAAAGGCUCAACCAAGACUCGUUAAGUUCUAUACGCCUGUCGAACUUCCUAAGCAGAAAAUACUGAUACAACAAGUAUAUGAUUUGAUAUCUCAAAGAAACAGCGAAUUUCAAAGCUCGUUUUUGACAACUCCGCCAUCUCUACUACAUGCGGGUUCAAAUGACUUGGACAACGACCAGGUGAUCCAAGUAAUAUACAAAAACUAUGCGACACUUUACUUCACAUUCAUAGUGGACGAUCAGGAAUCUGAGUUGGCUAUUUUGGAUCUCAUUCAGACGUUUGUGGAAUCACUUGAUCGUUGUUUUGCCGAGGUUAACGAACUGGAUUUGAUUUUCAACUGGCAAACCCUAGAAAGUGUGUUAGAGGAAAUCGUUCAAGGUGGAAUGGUCAUUGAGACAAGUGUACCGAAAAUAGUUGCGGCUGUGGACCAGCUUAAUAGAAGCUCCAAUGGAGAGGGAAGCUCAGGCCGAUUUACUGGAACAGGCAUCGGCACUGCAUUACAAGCAUUUGCCCAAACAGGCUUCUCCAAUUGGGCUUCUAGUCAAUGA